AUGAUUAGGGUAGAAGAUUACGAUUUCAUCCCGAUGGAUCUCAUUCUCGACGAGAUUUUCCCAAAACUGCCUGUAAAAUCAAUGGCGAGGUUUCGUUGCGUCUCCAAGCAAUGUCGCUCGAUGCCUAUCCGUCCACGUCUCUUAUUCUCACUCAAACGAGACAACGGCGAGUUUCUCAUCUUCUCAUCGCCUCAGCCUCAGCAGAAACCGUAUGAGAAGUCUCUAGUAGUAUACGCUGAUUUUCACACGAGGAUCUCUACAGACGUGCAUCCAUAUUCAUAUUUUCGUGGCCUUGCAUCUCGAUUGAUCUAUUUCUAUUUCAGCCCGAAGCCUCUGAUAUGUAACCCUAUCACGGGAGAGUACGCAAGCUUACCCGAGCUGGAUAGGUACAGAAACUGGGAUAGCUUUUUAGGGUUUGAUUCGAUUGACAAGCAAUUCAAGGUGUUGUCCGUGGGUUAUCCAUACUCUGAUGAUAGGGAUAAACAUAGAAUUAUGACACUAAAAACCGGCAAAAUGACGUGGAGGAAGAUCAAAUGUCGCUUAACCCAUAAACCUUUGGGUACUGAAGGGAUAUGUAUCAAUGGGGUUUUGUAUUACUUUCUCGAGGCUUAUCGGAUAGUUUGCUUUUAUGUUAGGUCUGAGGUUUUCAAGUUUGUUGAUGCAAAUUGCUUUCGUGUGCCACAAAGUACUAAAUUGAUCAACUAUAAGGGUAAGUUAUGUGGGGUUGAAUUGACUUAUGAUGAUGAUGAUGCCGUUGUGUUGACUAUGUGGGUUCUAGAGAAUGUAGACAAACAGGAAUGGUCGAAAUAUGUCUACACUUUUCCGGAGAGUGAAGUCUUUGUCUACGAUGUUUUCGUUGUUGGGAUGACUGGUGCGGGUGAGAUUGUUCUGUCGGGGAGGUUUACAUCUAAACCGUUUUAUGUGUUCUACUUCAAUCCGGAAAGGAACACUCUACAAGCUGUUGAAGUCAGAGGUGUUGGAGAGUACAGUGAAGCGUUUGAGAGUGAUUGCAGAGUUCAUGCGUUUGUAGACUAUGAAGUGGAUUCCAAGUUGGAAAUUAUAACAUAA